AUGAACACGGCAAGGCAAGAGAAGCCACAGACCCCCAAUGGCAGCAGCUUCUUUCACUACAGAAACGACAAAAGUGAACAUGCCUUUAAGAGCAGGAGCAUUCUUAGAAGGAACAAAUACGUUGACCCUAAUGCGGGGUUCAGUCAGGAAAGGAAGAAGAAUAGCCACCAGGUGUUUACCCCCCUGGAGGGGGGAUACCAGCAGGGCGGAAGAGAAGCAGAAGGGGGAGGAGAGGGAGAAAGGCAAAAACGCACACCUGACGGGAACUACUCAAUGGUGAGCAAAAUGGACAUCCGUGUAAACGACUUGGGGAGAACUGCCGACACGGUGCUCCACAAACACAACGCAGGCGCGAAAAAUCAUUUCCUCCAAAGCAGUUACUUCCCCUACCAUCAAAAUAGAAAAAGCGGCUUCGUCAAAUACGGGGAUGUAGAAACGUCCUAUGGCAUCCACAGGGAGGUGAAGAAGCCACAGCUAAGGAAGUUUUUCAAUUACGCAGCAGACACGGGAACGCCCCUACCCAGUGAAGGCACUGCGAACUUUGGCAAAAUGUGCAAAAUUAGGAACAUCCAUUUGGAUCAAUUCCCCCGAAAAUAUUUCCCUGGAGAGACAAACAAGUUUUAUAAUGCUAAUUUAAAUUACUCCUACCAAAAUAGGGGCAACGUCGACGUACCUCCUGCUUCGAACGAGUACGUCAAGUUUUCGUCCCUCGUCAAGGGGAAGGCUAGAAUGGGUGCGGACCCGAGCUUUGUGGAAAAUGGGGCGUUCAAGGUGGGGGGACAAGUGCGGGAACAGGCUCCCCUCAGUGAAGUUUAGGGGGGGUUAAUCACCUUGAGUGGUGAUAGGUAACCUCCACCCCUAACUUCGCCCUCGCGGGUGUGCACACCGGCUGCGCGUCUGUUGUAAUUUUUUUGUUAUCCCAUUUUUUUGUUACUCCGUUUUUUUGUUGCUUCGUUUUUUGGUAGCUUCGUUUUUUGGUAGCUUCGUUUUUUGGUAGCUUCGUUUUUUGGUAGCUUCGUUUUUUGGUAGCUUCGUUUUUUGGUAGCUUCGUUUUUUGGUAGCUUCGUUUUUUGGUAGCUUCGUUUUUUAGUAGCUUCAUUUUUUAGUAGCUUCGCCUUUUAGUAGCUUCGCCUUUUAGUAGCUUCGUUUUUUUGUUAUCCGCCAUUUCUUUUACGUUUUCGCGCCUUCCUCGCCAGUGCGCCGCCCCCCCUUUGGUAAAUACCCCGGGGGAGGGACCAUUUGUUAAAUUACACUUUUUUUUUUUUUUUUUUUUUCCCCCAUUUUUGCCUGACCUGUUCAUGCAGCUAGCCAAAAUGGUGUGCAACGUUGACCAUUUGGAUGUGCAUCACUGUGUGCACGUGUAGGGACGUGCCAAAUGGCACUAAAGUGUCCAUCUCCUCCGUUCUAACUGUGGAAUGUGCUUUUUUUUCCUUUUCCUUUUUUUUUUUUUAUCC